AUAUACAGACUCAGGACACCAGAACCAAGCUGCUCCCCAAAACUUCUGUUUCUUGCUUCUGUCUGUGAUCAAAAGGUUUUAAGGCCUAACACCAAGAUGUCAGAAAAAAAGAUGUCUUCAAGUCGCAGGCAUCAUCUGAAGAGUUUGAUGCUCUCCAUUGCAAAAGGUUUACUAGAAGAGGAAGAAAGAGAACGAGAAGAAGAAAAGGGGCAGUACAUGACUGAGAGCUGUCCUCCUCUGUCCAUGCCCAGGACCAUGCCGGAGCUUCAGGAUCUGUGCAAGGAGAUCCACCACAAGAUUGAUGUUACCGAUGAAGAGCGAUACGACCUGGAAAUGAAAAUUAACAAAGCCAACAAGGAGAUAGAUGACUUGAAGAUCAAAGUUCAAGACCUGAUGGGCAAGUUCAAGAAGCCUGUCCUGAAGAAAGUGCGUAUGUCUGCUGACGCCAUGCUGAAAGCUCUGCUGGGAUCCAAACACACUGUUAAUCUAGAGCUCAGAGCCAACCUGAAACAGGUCAAGAAGGAGGUUAAGGAGGAGGAUAAGGACCUUCGUGAUGUUGGAGACUGGCGAAAAAACAUUGAGGACAAAUCUGGAAUGGACGGGAGGAAGAAGAUGUUUGAGGCUGAAGUUUAAAAUAAAUGGAUACGGAAUACAAUAUCUCAGACUGUCUUUAUCACAUUGACUCAUUCAGUUUUUUUUUUUUCAUUUUAAAAGAAUACAUUCAUUUUAUAAACGCUGUACGCUGUAAAAAAAAUUAAUAAAGAGAUUAG